GAUCUUGGAUCUUCAAACCCUCCCACCCUGCAACUCCCAUGGCCGUCAGCAAGACCCACAAGCCCAAAUCCAAACCCGGGUCCCCGCUCUCCUUCCUCGUCGCGUCCGUCGUCGCCAUCGCCCUCCUCUUCCUCCUCUCCGCCCUCGCCUCCACGUUCGGGGUCUCGCUGCCGUCCUCCUCCAGGACCCUCGAGAUCGUGGGACUCCUGAAGAGGCCGAAGCACCAGCACUCGCUCCAUGACAAGUACCUCUACUGGGGCGGCAGGAUCGACUGCCCCGGGAAGCACUGCGACUCCUGCGCGGGCCUCGGCCACCAGGAGUCCAGCCUCCGAUGUGCCCUGGAGGAGGCGAUGUUCCUCAAGAGGACUUUUGUUAUGCCUUCCAGGAUGUGUAUCAACCCUAUGCACAACAAGAAGGGAAUCCUUCAUGAGUCCACAAGUAUGACUUCCGAGGAAGGGUGGGCAGCAUCUUCUUGUGCCAUGGAUUCUUUGUACGAUAUAGAUCUGAUAUCCGACACCGUGCCUGUGAUUUUGGACAAUUCAAAAAUGUGGUAUCGGGUGCUGUCAACCAGCAUGAAGUUGGGAGCUCGAGGGGUUGCUCAUGUGGAAGGACUUAGUCGGAAUGAUCUUAAAGAGGAUCAACGCUAUUCAAACCUUUUACUCAUCAACAGAACUGCUAGUCCGCUUUCUUGGUUCAUGGAAUGCAAGGAUCGAAAAAAUCGAAGUGCCAUAAUGUUACCUUAUUCAUUUCUCCCUUCCAUGGCCACAAAGGAAUUAAGAGAUGUAGCUGCCAAGAUUAAAGCCUCUCUUGGUGAUUAUGAUGCCAUCCACGUUCGUCGAGGUGACAAAUUGAAAACCAGGAAAGACAGGUUUGGGGUCGAAAGGAGUCUAAACCCUCAUCUGGACAGAGAUACCCGUCCAGAGUUUAUUCUUCGCCGAAUUAAACAGUGGGUGCCACCUGGAAGGACUCUUUUUAUUGCUUCAAAUGAGAGGACGCCUGGAUUUUUUUCGCCUCUCGCUACAAGAUGCAGUGGCAGGAGAAUUAUAAGUUUUAUGGCUCACUAUGGACUACGCAUUUUGUGAUGCCAAGUGUAAAUUGCACUUCUAUCUUGACAUGAUAGAUAAGAAAUUGCAACUACCAUGCACAGGAUACUGCUUUAGAGUGUUUGUAAGGCAUUCAGUGAGAUAGGUGGAUGUUGCCAGUGUGUUUUUGUUGGUUAUGAAGACCAAAAAUUAUGGUAAUGGGCUACACAAUUGGGCUAGACAAUUGUGCUUAUUGUUCUAUAUAGUAAAGAUAUGAUUGAUGGUGGCAAAUGGGUUCCAUUUCAGAUGGUUGUUGAUGGAGCUGUAGAGCAGAGUUCCCAGGAACAUGAUUUGUGAAUGAAAAAACUGUAUUUAGAUGAGGACAAUGUCAUCUUUGUAACUGGUUGUAAUAGCAGACUGGUGAUGAAGAUGAUGGAUGCUUUCUUUGUGAUAUCAUGACAAAAUUGACAUGAAAGGUUUCAUUGUAUCCUGUAACACUAGAACAAUCAGCACAGAAAAGGCAUUUGUUACCUGUUUCCUUAAUGCUGGCCGACAAUUGAAUUUGAGACUACGCGUUCUUAUACUUACUGAUUGAGUAUAAAACAUCUGUCCUGGAAAUGAAAUCGCCUUUGACCAGAUAGCUACUUAACUUUAUAGUUGCUGAUCGAGUAUAAAACAUCUUAGGUAAUGAAAGGACCUUUUAUGCAGUGGGAUUGUAGAUUAACCACUGAAAUUAAAGUGCCUCUUAUUCUCUCUUUUGGAUUGUAGGCGUGUUUAUGUUCAAUUGUGUGUCAUACGUGUAUAUUGCAUAAGUGUGUACCCUGGUAGAAGUUGAAGCUGAUAAAUACUUAUCUUGACCAAUUUUUACAGGUACAAGAUUUCAUACUCUUCAAAUUUUAGCGAGAUCCUUGAUCCCUUUAUUCAGAACAAUUACCAGUUAUUUAUGAUUGAGAGGCUUGUCAUGAUGGGAGCAAAAACUUUUAUCAGAACAUUUAAAGAGGAUGAUACAGAUCUAAGCCUCACCGAUGACCCGAAGAAGAACACUAAGAUAUGGCAAAUACCUGUUUAUACCAUUGAUGAAGAGGAGAGCUGACAAUUUGAAAUGGGAGUUUGACUGUUGCCUGGGAGUUCGUUCAAAAUCAGAAUUUGAGCGAUACGUAUGCUCAGUGUCUUCUAGUUAUUCUUGUACAUGAUAAUAGGAUGCACUCGCUGAAAAUGGGGACACUUACAAGCAAGAAUUCGAGGAGGGGGACGUAUUUUUUUAUUAUUGUGAAGUGUGGUUUCUUCUUAGUGCCAUGAGUGGAGCGCAGUUUGAUGGGGAAAAGAGGCUGCACUGUUCAUAGAAACCCCUCCCAAGUGCCCAGUUUUGUUUGUCACGUGCUUUGCUGGAGAAAUUCAUUCCUUAGGGCUGUUUACAUACAUGAGAAACACCGUGCCACUUGCAUAAGACUGGGCUUUUUCCUGAUCUAAGCUGACUCAUUGAGACUUUUCAUUUUAAGAUGGUGGAUUCUACUUGGAGUUAAAGACUUCAUGUUCAUGGCUUCGGCUGUCCCUCUUGGAAUAGAGGGAAAACCUAAUGAUACAGUGGCAUAUUUGAUGGUUCUUA